AGGACAAUGGCUUCUGGAACUCGCCCAGUUAGAUAUUCACAACCCUCUAGCAACCCUGCAGGGCUCGCACGAGAGUACAAAUUAGUGAUGCUGGGUGCUGGGGGUGUGGGGAAGAGUGCCAUGACCAUGCAGUUCGUCAGCCGCCAAUUCCCAGAAGAUCAUGACCCCACCAUUGAGGAUGGUUAUAAAAUACGGGUCCGUGUGGAUGACGAACCUGCCAAUCUGGACAUUGUGGAUACGACUGGACAGGCAGAGUUUACAGCCCUGCGGAAUCGCUAUCUGAGUGCGGGAGAAGGAUUUAUCAUCUGUUAUUCUAUCACAGAUCGCCAAAGUUUCGAUGCAGUUCGGGAGUUUAAACAGCUUAUCGAGGAAGUUGGACAUACUAACGAUACACCUGUGGUUCUUGUCGGAAACAAGUCUGACCUAAAACAGCUAAGACAGGUCACCAAGGAAGAAGGAUUGGCUCUGGCCCAGGAAUUCAGCUGUCCAUUUUUUGAGACCUCUGCUGCUUACCGCUGCUAUAUUGAUAAUGCUUUCCAUACACUUGUACAGGAGAUACGAAGGAAAGAAAAGGAGGCAGUGCAGACCAUAAAGAAAAAAUCUAAACCCAAAAGUGGCAUAUGGAAGAGGCUAAAAUCCCCAUUCCAGAAGAAGAAAGAUUCAUUAGUUUGA